UCAGCUACUCACUUCCUCAAAGAUGCAAAGAGAGGAACAUAACGAAGAGCCUUGAUCACUGAUCUGAGCUCACAAGAUCAGGGCAAAAACAUCACACCAGCACCAUUGCAAUGUUUGUCGUUUCUCGAGUGAUCUUUCUUCAUCUCCUCAUUGGCCUGCUGCACAUUUCUUCAGCUUCAGAGAAGACAGGCUCCAACAACACUGGCAGGGGGCGAAGCCUUGCACUGGUUAAUCAUACAUCACUGGAUAAGCAAAAGAAGCAGAUAAAAAGUAAUGUCAUAGUAUUGCUGGUUCCUCUCCUCUGCCUCCUGGCCUUCAUCAUUGGGUUUCCUGCCAACUCGCUUGCCCUCUGCGUGCUGCUCUUCCGAACCAAGAAGCUCCCGUCCACCAUCCUGCUGAUCAACCUCACCAUCUGUGACCUCAUCUUUCUGCUUAUGUUCCCCUUCCGCAUUGUUUAUCACUUUCGGGGCAAUGACUGGACUUUUGGUGAAUCAUUCUGUCGUAUAGUGAUCGCACUUUUCUAUGGAAACAUGUAUGGUUCAAUGGUGUGUCUGGCACUUAUUGCAGUGGAUCGCUAUGUAGCUGUAGUUCAUCCUCUUAGUGCCAAGUCGUUCCGCAGUAACAGGAAUUCUGCAUGUAUGAGCGUAUUGGUUUGGGUAGUAGUUGCAGCAUCAGCUGUGCCCUUAUUAGUCUCCAAACAAUCUUAUAAAAUAAAGGACCUUCCUAUAACAACCUGCCAUGAUGCUCUUCCACCAGAUGAACAGGAAAACUUCUUUCUGCCUUAUUUUAUUGCCCUCUUCUCCAUAUUUUUCCUGCUUCCAUUGCUUGUAGUGGUGUUUAGUUAUGUUUCCAUCCUACGUACUCUUAUAGGUAAAGGGCAACAUUAUGCCUACGCUGUAAGAGUGUCUGUGUUGAUGUUGAUAGUGUUUGUGGUUUGUUUUUUGCCAAGCAACAUUCUUCUACUGUUGCAUUACUCAAAAUCAGACUUCAUUAAUAAUGAUCUUUACAUUCCAUACCAGAUCAGUUUGUCUCUCAGUACCUUUAACAGCUGCAUUGAUCCCUUCAUUUUGUACUAUUCGUCUAAAAACUUCAGGAAGAGAUGUAAUUUAAAAAGUGAAAAAGAAUGAUUUUGAUGAUUUUAUAAAACCGAUCAUGAGCCCCAUUUACUUAAAAAAAGAAUACUUUGGAAGUGAAUGGGGCUCAUUAAAGGUUUGGUUACAAACAUUCCUCAAAACAUCUUCCUUCGUGUUCAUCUGAACAAAAAAAUUUUACAGGUUUGUAUCAACAUCAAAGUGAGUAAAUAAUGACAGAAUUUUCAUUUCAUUCCCUUUAAGGUACAUCUGAAGCAGCAGUGCUGCGAUCGAUUAUUUCAAAUCAAUGUUCUUUGUAUUUAACAUUUAAUGUUUAUAGAGCUCCCUGAUAAUGAUGAUUAAAUCAGGUGUUAGACAAAUUUGCAGUGAUGUGUUUAGAAAUUAUUUUAACAGUAAGUUGUUUGUUGCGUUUAUUUUCAUUUCCCUUUUGUCCAUGGCGGUUUCCCGGACAGGGUUUAAAUGAAUUCAGAAGGCCUCAGUUAUAUUAGAACAUUUAAGAAGUUUUUUACAAACAAAUAUUACAAAAAACAAUUCUGGUGUACAUCUUGAGACAAAACAAUGCCACUGAUAUAUGUCAAGAUAUGUCAGUGCAAUGUUUUUUUUUAAUUAAGGCAGCUCAAACAUGCACUUUAGUCUGGGACUAUAAGCCCUGUCUGAAAAUCAUGGUUUUGUAAAAAUGUGCUCUAUAAAUAAAUUUGCUUUGACAAAUGAAG